AUGGUAUUCGUGCCAAUAUUGCUCACAUUAUGCAAAGGUGGCAAAAAGAGCAACCAGUCGACGACGAAUUGCUCUGCCACGUCAUUGAGUUUGGCGCAAGGCCAACCGCAACAACAACAGCAGCAGCAGCAACAACAGGUUUUGACGCCGAAAUCAAGCUUUAUUCUCGAGAGCGAGGAUGUGGAAAAGAAGAAGAGAGAAGAAAGGGAAAAAUUGGAAAAGGAAAAAGAGAAAAAGAAAAAAGAGGAGGAGGAAAAGGGAGGAAAAGCGAGUAGAAGAUCUGAGAAGGGUGGAGAAGGGGGUAAGUGCGGUCUAUUGAGAAUUUUGGCUGAGAAUUUGAAUUUUCUGGUGCUAAAUCACGAUCUGCUACGUUGAAAAACAAUUUAGAAUAAUGUGCCACGUGGAUUUUGUGGUGAAAAAAACGAUAAAAAAUCCUCCCCUUAUAAAAAACGAAAUCACUGAAAAUUUGGCGUCACAUUAAAUGUUUCUUUUUGUGCAAACACCGCUCCGUUUUUUUGAAAAAUCAACGCGCGUUGUGAGACACGGGAGAAAAAUUGUGUGCGCCUUUGAGGAGGGGUACGGUAGAAGUAUUCGUGAAUUUUUAUUUAUUUAUUUUCUUUUUUUGGGGGUUUGAGCGCUGCAAUUCUUGGAACACGCUUAUUGUAACUUUAGGGGAUUUUUUUCUUCAAAAUGGGAACCCCCCUCACUCUGACUUUGAGAAUAGAUCACAUGAAAAGUAUAACAGUUGGGAACCCUGAGAUUCUCUCCAACUACACUUCACGAAGAGUAUACUAGUUUUGCGAAAUUCGAAAAAAAAUGACCAUGGCCGAGAAAAUCAUCGAAAAACUCGGCCACCCGCCUGAAUUUCUUUUUUUUGUUGCGCGCAACAUGUUGGAGAAACUGAAAAACCACGAUUUUCACCCUAAAAACCCUUAUUUUUUCAGAGGAUGAUGACAAAUACGACGAAUAUGGAAACAUCCAACAAAAUGAGCCAAAACACGAAAAAACGGUUCGCAUAGAGCUCAACGACGACCCCUCAAAAACCAAUUCAACACGAACUCAAGAAGGAUUGAAAGUCAAGGAUCGUUUGUCGGAUAUUGGACUUUUUGAGACGAAGGAAGUGUCAGAAAUGGAAAAGAAAGCGGCCAAAGAGCCGCCGAAAAAAGCGCGAACAAUGAGUCCGACGCCGAAAAAACCCGACGAUGACAAAUUGGACGUGACUCAAGAGUAUUGUCCCGAGGUCGAGUGA